CUUUUGCCCGUUUCGUCUGAGCGCAAAAUUACAUACGCAUUGUUGGAACCCUUGCGAGGCGCGUGCACAGAAAAGACAGAAGCACUGCGCCGAGAGAGAGUUACGAAAACAGAGAAAACUCUCGUACACGAUUGCGUCGCUUUCAUUGACGGUUGUCUCGCCUUGAAUGUCAAGCUUCACAUGUCUCAACAAAAACAUUUGGGGCAAUGGGUCGUUAGAAGUGCUAGAAGCGAUUCGAACGAAGGUUCGGCGGCGUCAACAGGUAACAGAUGUUUGAGCCAUCCGGACCCGGCGAAGUUCCCGGCGAGUUUGAACGGUGGGAAGUCCUUCAAGAGUACGGACUCGGCCAGGACAUCGACAGCGGGGAGCGACGGCAGGGGAAAGGGCAAGAUCAACGAGCAACAGUGCUCGCAAAAGGACGGUGGAGGCCACGGGCCGCAGAGGAACGGAAGAGGAAAGAGCCCGGGGUCUAGGCAACUCAAAGGUGCUCAGCCGCCUCUUAGCUCGCCCGGUGUGUCCGGGGCCGAUGCUGAGGAGUCGGAGAGACAGCGCGCGUUGGAGGAGGCUAUCAAGAGGGAGGAAGCCGUCAAAAGGGCGGCAGAAGAGGACAGACUGGCAUUGGAAGAACAGGAACGUCAAAAAAAAGAACAAGAAAAAAAGGCCAAGGCAGAAGAAGAGCGCCGCAUGAUUGAGGAGCAGACGCUGCGCUACAUAUCUGAGAGACGCCGGGCGUUGCUAUUGAAGGAGCUUAGGAAGUCUAACCUUCAAAUUGAGGCGUCUCGACCUGACCCGUCGUAUUUCAGAGGGUUGAAUUCUUCUAUUUCCAAGAACACAAGUUUCGUUCGAAAGCUGUCGACCAGUUUGUGCGACUCGCACAAGGAGGCCCUGAUUCGCGAGCUUCGGACGCUGAACUUAACGAAGUACGUCAGCGAGGCCGUAUCGAACCUCCUCAACGCGUCCGUGAGGGCGGCCGACAUAAACACGUUUGUGCAGGUGUGUUCGGAGUUUCACCGCUUGUACGCCGAUUUUUCGUCGGAAAUAGUGUCUGCGCUGAUUAAGAGGUUGCCUUUUGAGAAGAGUCCCUUUUCGCGCCGAAAGCAGGCCGUGUGGCAGCUGGUUUACCUGUUCGUGACGGGGGUCUACAGCGACGAGUCCGUGCUCGGCGCGGUGGUCAGAGAGAUUUUCGAGCCCAAGGGCCAGAAGUGCGUUACGACCUUGCAGCUCGCGCUGUGCUUCGUCAAGGCCGGUGGGCGAGAGAUUCUGCGCGUGGUGCCCUACUCGCAGGAGAGCAGGGUGAGAUGUUUGAGAGAGUUUUACGAGAAGAGGAGGAGGGGGGAGAAGGACGAGGUGGGGCCGCUGUCGAUCGUGCUGAAGGAGGAGGAGGUCGACGAGCUGUUGUCGGUGGGGGACGCGCCCGUCUGCGGCGAGUCGAUUGUUUCGGAGAGUUUGUACGAGAGUUUGGUGUCACAAUUCAACGCGUACUACGAGAAGGUGCUUCGAAUGCUGUUUAUGGACCAGAGGGACCUGCAGAAGCUGGAGCUGACGAACAGGCGCACCUUGAAGACGAGGCUCGAGCUUCCGCAGGAGGCCAGAGACGAGUACGCGAGGUUGCAGGAGCAGUUUGACGUUUUUUUCAAGACGGCGAAGGCGUUCGCCGAUUUUUUGGGCAAAGAGCUCCCGGAGUUGCCCCAGGAGGAGUUCGCGGAUAAGAGCAAGGGCAAGCAGUCGAGCGAAUACGCGUUCUCCGAGGCCGGCGUUGAUAGAGACGCCAUUUGGGGUGACCAGGAGACGUACGAGUUUUACAACGUCAUCCCAGAUUUGAAGGAGCUGACUUCUUCGUCCGCCGCGGCGGCGAAGCCGCCCGCGGCAGAGUGCGAUGCGAGCGGUCUCGCGGCGGCGCCGGACGCGUCGCCGUCCAAGGACGCGGAGCAGAGCGUGUCCAGCAGCGUGUUGAGUUCCAAGAAUUUUCAAAUGUUUAUUUGCAGGUUGAGCACGUGCUCCGACCAGGAGUCGAUCGACAAGGCCGCGGUCGACUUCUACCAGCUGUCCCAGAAGCCCUGGAGACUCAAGAUGGCGCAGUUUUUGUUCAACAGUCCUAGAAACCGGUUGAACAUCUUGAAGUACUAUUCGAGGUUUGUCGCCAUUUUGAACCCUUUCUUCAGAGAGAUCAAGGACUGGCUGCUCAAGAAGCUCGAGGAGGAGUUCGAGACGCACUUCAAGCAGAAGGACCAAAUGAACAUUCAGACGAAGAUCAAGAACAUUCACUUCUUGAGCGAGUUGGUCAAGUUUCGUUUGUGUCCUGUGGGUACAAUUUUGAAUUUUCUCAAAAUGUGUUUAGACGACUUCCACCACCACAACGUCGACGUUGUGUGCGAGAUGCUGGAGACCUGCGGCCGCUUUCUGUAUUGCUCGCCGGAGUACCACGCGCACAUGCGCAACUUGCUCGAAUUGAUCGUCUCGAUCAAAAACGCCAGGGCGUUUCCCGUAAGGGUCGAAAUGAUGAUAAGGAACGCCAUCGCGGCGUGCAAACCGAUCGAGAGACUAGGUCGCGCGUCCAAGGUGCUCUCGCCCACUCGCCAGUACAUUCAGAAGCUAUUGGGCGACUUGAACAAGGACACCGUCGAGACGGUCGCCACCCAGCUGCGAAAGCUGGACUGGGCGCAGAACGAGACCUACUUGCUGAAGCAGAUGCUAGACGUGGAGAAGAGCGAUUACCACUGUCUCGAAAGCGUGUGCAGGCUGCUUCUGGCCCUCUACCAGUCCUAUCACGGCGACUUCUGCGUAAAGUACAUUCACAGUCUAUUAGAAAGGCUGAGAAUCCACCUGCAAGAACAAUCUAACUCGAACCACCAAAAACUACUCAUGUACAUCAAAGUUCUGUCCGAAUUGUACAAUCUGCACAUGGUCGACAACCCAACCGCCUUCGGCGUCCUCUACACUCUCCUGCGCUAUCGCACGUUCACGUUCGGCAGCGGCAACAAAGACAUGCGAGAAAGCCAACAGUUCUUCGCGGCGACCGCCGAAGAAAUAACUUCCUACGCGCGCUUCGAAGACUCGUUUCGAGUCCGCCUCAUAUGUGCCUUCAUUCUCGGAAGUCAACAAACUCUGCUCGUCUCCUCUCCUCAAGAACUAAACAGAUUCAUGCUGUUCUUCCAGCGGUACCUCUUCCUCCAGGUCUAUCUGUCGAGAGAUCUGAAGUCCAUUUUAGACGAAGUUUUCCACAGCAUCGGCCCACACAUCCAAGUCUACCACUUCUACUCGGACGUCCUGUUCGCCAUCGACUCCAUUCAAAGCAGAGACUCCGUCCCCAUCGAUGUAGCCCAAUCCCUUCCCUACCGCGUCUGCCCACCUUUCUACGUCGGCCCAACCAUCUGCGACGGGCCAAUCGAGCCCGGCUCGCGCGUCCAAACAACCCACGCCGCGACGGACGACAAGCAAACGAGCGCCCGCCACCUCAGCAAGCAGGCAGAGGACGCCAUCAUCGCCCAAUUCGACCAAAUGAUGGCAGAAUGCAUCGGCGCGGACGACUUCCCCCCAAGCGCCCCCACUCCGAACCGAGGACACCCGGAAACCCACGCGACUCCGAAGGGGGAAGUCGUCGGCAACGAAAAAACGUGAACCCCAACUCCAGGUGAAAAAAAAAAAAAACCUUUUUUCAAUCCGUAAAACAGAUUUUUGUUGAUGGCGGCGAACCGCGUUCUCCUCAAACCUUGAAUACUCCCCCCUUUUUG